ACUGAAAUACCAUAUAUCAACAACCGGCCAGUAUACAUAAUACCUACAGCAACGCGUCCAAUAUACUUGGUUCAGUUUACUCCGACUCUAUUAUAUCAUCAUAUAAUGCAGAAUUUUAAGGUGUUGAAUGUACAGUGCUUCGGCGUCGUGGCUGCGUUGAUGAUAUUGUCAGUGGCGGCGGACGAACCGGUGGUGGAACCGUCGCUUUACUCGGCCGCAUACUUGCCGCCGAAACCAGUGGUCGUGGUCGGCGGCCCUGUGCACUACAACAGUCCGUACGACGGCGCCGUGGCUAGCACGUCGACAAGCGUGUUCCGGACGCCCGGCCACCCGGGGGGACAGGUGUCCGCCGUCCACAAAACCGUCGACACGCCGUACUCGUCCGCGCACAAGUCGGACGUGCGCUACACCAACGACGUGCAGCUGCCGUAUCACCAUCACCCGGCCGCGGUCCCAUACGGUUACGGCCCGGCAGCCAUCCCGUACGGUUACGGCCCGGCAGCCGUCCCGUACGGCCACGGACCGGUCGCAGUCCCGUACGGCCACGGACCGGUCGCAGUCCCGUACGGUUACGGCCCGACCGCCGCCGUCCCGUACAGUUACGGACAUGCCGCGGCUGUCCCGUACGGUAGUCAUCGUGGGCCGGUCGCUGCACCGUACGGCCACGGUGCCACCGUCGUGACUCCGCACUCUGUCUCGCACGCCAGUUUCUCCGGACCGUACGGAACUCACUACUCGUACAGACGGUGAUUUGGGCGAUUCGUAUUUGUUUAGUAAAUCGCGAACAAUUCCGCCGGGCUGUAAUAUUAUUACAUGUAAUAUGUACAUUAAAUUAUUAACUUAAUGUGACGAUAAUGGUUGUACCGAUGUUCUUUAUUAUAAUAAUUUACGCAAAUUAUUUAUUGUAUAACAUUAUGUGACGAAAAAAUAUAUUUAAAAAAUAAUACACUACGCAAAUUUAAGUUUUUAAAA